AAUAGUUCAACUUUUGUAAACAUUACAAUAGUAUAAGUUUAAGGUAAAUUUAUUUCGAUUUGUUAAAAGUAGAUGAUAUUUUGUCAAACUACUUAUUGUGCUCACAUUAUCUGUUUUUCAUACUACACUGCAUAGGAAUGACCACUCAGCUGACACAUGUACCGGGAAAGGGCGAGGAGUUCCGCUUUUCCGCAGACAUUCAGGCCGACUCCCUUGGACGUAACGAUGACGGUUCAAUCCCGAGCCUCAGUGAUGCCGACCUUCACCAGCGUCUGGUUGCUGUUGAUGAUGAGAUUGGGACGGGAGACCUGGAAGGUCUUAAGUUUCUUUGCCGAGAUCACUUGUCAGCAUCAAAGCUGGACAAGGCAAGUAGUGCCCUGGAGAUUUUCGAGAACAUGAAGAAAGCGCUGCUGAUUGAUGUAAACAAUGUGGACUUCCUGCUCGAGUGUCUUGGGCGGAUACACAGAUUUGAUCUGGUACAAAAACUGGGCUUCCAGGUGGAUGCAGUGCGCGAAUUUCUACCCUCCCUCAAUAAGAUCUUCCCAUUCAGAGUCCUGCUGAUGGAGAUAGCUGACGACAUUGAAGACCAGGAUGUGGAAAAGAUCCGUUUCCUUUUGCGCGGACGUGUAAAGAAGAAGUUAUUGACAUCAUCGCCAUCACUGCUCGAGAUGUUUGUGCUAUUAGAACAGGAGGGGUUGUUAUCAGCUAAUCGUCUCGACCUUCUCACCUGGGUACUGCAGAAUAUUGGACGUCCAGAACUUUUGGAGAAUGUUAGACGGUUUGCAGGAGGCGCUCCACGAUCCAGUGAACCCUCUGUUCUUGCACAGGUGCCCUCAGAUAGGGCGGACAUACCUCCGGCACAUGAAUUCCAGAACCGGAUUAACCCACCAGAGAUGACCAUGCAUCGUGUGACUCCUCUACAACGAGAUGAUCCCCAUGGUAACCUGGAACGUAGCCCGAGUGCGGGAACUGUGACGUUGUCAAGCACAGAAGAAGGAGAGGAAUCUCCCAAUGACAGAGAUAUCCCCAAGGAACUGCUGCAACAGAUAGCGAGGGACGUGAGUGGGCAGUUUGAUAACCUAGCAAUAGAGCUUGGUCUGUCAAACAGGGACAUUCUGGAGUAUAAAGAUCGAUACAAGGACCUCAGGAAUAGCACACAGCAUCUCCUGACAGACUGGCAAAAUAAGCAACAGGACAGGGGCAGUAUUGUAGCAAAGCUGCGGUAUGUUCUACAGAAAUUGGGCUACAAGCAGGCGGCCACUGCUCUUGACCGCUGGCUCAAUACUCUCAAUUACAGUCGGCAAUUACAGAACGAAGAAAAUCACUGUGCUAGCGUGCGUGAGUCCAAGCCAGUUCCUGAGGUAAACCUCAGCACUCUCACCCUCCAGGAGCGUGCGCAGGUUACAGGUGCCUUACAUCAGCAGCAGGCCACCUCACAAACACAGACCACAGGUACACUCCAUGUUCAACAAACUCAGACUACAGGAACUCUCCAGGCACAGGUUCUACCACCUGAUCACACCGGCUGGAUGCCCAUGCAGACCACAAACCCUGUACAGCCCCAAUUGUACCAGGGACAGCCAGGUAUGGGUCAGGGAGGUGUCAUUCAACAGAUGCCACCUGGGCCCGUACAUGUGACCUCCACCCUGGAGUUUGAGUCAUACUCUCUAAACAGCUUUCCCAGAGGCUGGUGUGUGAUCAUCAACAACCAAGAAUUCCAUGUGGAGCCUGGAAGCCGGGAAAGCACACAGAUGCCUAGAAGGGGUGGUACGGACAAGGAUGCAGAAAGCCUCCAGGUGAUAUUUGAGGAGCUAGGCUUUAUAGUGCGUCGCUACGACAACAUGACGGACACACAGAUGAGCCAGAAACUGAUUGAUGCGGCCCACAAUGUGGACCACGAAAAGUUUGACGCAUUUGUGUGCUGCAUCUUGACCCACGGUGUGUUGAACCAUCUGUAUGGCUCAAAUGGGAAACUCAUCUCAAUCAAGGAUCUCACCUCCACGUUCCAGUCCAACAGGUGUCCGAGUCUGGCUGGGAAGCCUAAGCUGUUUUUCCUGCAAGCGUGCCAGGGUCGAGACAAGAUGGGGGGUGGGGAGUACGAGAAGGACUCUGGAGAGGGUGACAUUCAGGUGGACACCUUACCCAAGGAGUUGAUACCUAAUGAGGCUGACUUUCUGUUGGGGUAUGCCACUGUCCCUGGCUAUGUGAGCUUCAGGUCACGCAACCACGGCUCCUGGUAUAUCCGGAAACUUGUCCAGCUCCUCAGCCAGCACUCUGACAGACACGACUUGUUGAGUAUCCUGACAGAAGUCAAUCGACAGGUGUCAGCAGCCAAUGCCAACAUUGACGGCGGCCUCUUUAAGCAGGUGCCUGCACCCCUGUUCACCCUCCGGAAAAAGCUGUUUCUGCGCCGCCCAGCCACCUGAAGGUCACCACAGAAAUCCUUCAGCAUCUGUGAUAACUAAUGAUAUAUUGUUGGGGCAUAAAGGCGUGGUUCUGGAACAGCUUGGCCCAAAAACUGCUUUGUUUAAAUUGUGUCAAGUAUUAAAAGCAAAAUGCAAAUAUUCAGUUUUGACUUACUGAGAAAGAUUCACUAUAUUGUAUUAUAAAAAUGGAUUGGUUUGUUUUAAUUUAAUUAAAAAAAAGUGAUAUUGUACAAUUAUUGGUAUAACUGGGUACUUUAACAAUUUUAAGCUUGUCAACAAUAACAGGUGACAUAUUAAAAAUGUUUUAUAAUCAUGUUGUGUUUAUUCUGCUUGUCUUUAGCAUGACUUUUCAAAGAAUAUGAAAGCUAUGCUACCUGCCCGGGUGUCGGCACCUGCGUCACACCUUGGUUAAGGGUUUGCAUGUUAGCACAUUUAAGUCAAUAUUUCAGCAAAUACUUCAUGUUUUGCAUUGAAACUUUAAACAUGUGUUCCAGAUCAUCCAAUCUACUUAAUCAGUAAAGUUAGAUAACUCUAUAAUGUAAAUCUCAUAUAAUGAAUAAUGAUGGCCCAUUUUAGAAAUUCUGGUUACUAAGCACAGCUAAGUCAAUAUCGCAGCAAAUAUAUUAUGUUUUGCAAUGAGACUUCACUGGUCAGAUUGAUUGCCUUGAUGAUAUCUUCAACAAGGUCGAACAGGAGUUUAAAAACUAGGUUACUACAAAUGUAGGUCAAAUCUAAGAAAAACCUAAAGGCCGGUUUUAGACCAAUUGUUCUAAAAUUUGUCAGAAUGAUGGUCUUGAUGACAUCUCAGGCAAAUUUGUGCUUCGGUUGGGCCUUAAAACUAGGUCAUUAGGUCAAAUCUUAGAAUCAAUUGCGCCAUGUCUUAUUUUCUAACCUUCAAUGCCUCCCCCCCCCCCCCCCUCCACAAAGCAAAUUAGAAUAUUAUGUAAAGUUAAAAAAAUAAUUAAAAUUUGAAAAUAUAUGAUACCAUUGAAAAAGAUUAUCAUUGAAUUGCUUUAUCAAGAUUCAGGCUGAGUGCCCAUUCCUUAGAGAUUGAAACUGGAAGACAUAAUAACAUUAUUAGAAAAGAUAGAAAAUGUAAACUAUGUAAUAUCAAUAUGGUUGACUCAGAAUAUCACUUUUUCAGUCAUCAAAAUUAGACUUGUGGAUGAACAAGCCCGAAUUCUUAUACUAUUGCUUGGCAUCAAAUUUUUUAACAAGCCCUGCUAUAUAAAAUAUCAGAAUUUGAGCAAGCCCGUAAGACAUUUUACCAGUGCAGGGCUUGCGGGCUUUUGCUAAUCUCGACCACUGCUUUUUAUGUAGAUGUCCUUUAGAAAGGCCCGAGAAAUAAAAAUAACAUAAACAGAUUGUUUAAUACUUUUGACAAUUUUGUAUCUACCUUAUCUAAUAAUAAUAAAUAUAGGGACUGUCUGAGUGAGGGUCUUGGUGAAAUUUGUAUUUAUUGUCAUGUCCAAACGAAACUCAUGUAUGUACUUGUUGCCGCUGUCUUUUGAUUUGAAAUAUUACAUACAGUUGCAUUUUGAUUGUAUUAACAUUAGCGUGUUUGUAAUCGUGUGUAGUAGGUAGUUAUCAAAUACUUAUCUAUUUGUAUGUUGAUGUUUUUUAUCGUUUUUUUCUUUUCUUUUUUGUUGCCAUCUUUGUGAAAUUUUAUGUUAAUUUGGGCCAAAAACAUGUAUUUGCUGAUAUUGCCAAUAAACUGAAACUAACUUUUACUAGGAUAACAAAAGAUCAGAUCGCAGAUUUUUAUAUUUAGGUUAAAAAAAUUGAAGUUUUAUGCAUUUUCUUUAACCGUAGUAACGCUUUUAGACAUAAAACAUUAAUUUUCGAACGGAAAUAUAAAAAUCUUCGAUCUGAUCUUUUGUCAGCAGUCUCAUAUCACUAGUUUGCUGAUAUUUACGCAAAAUUGGCUUAUUCCAAGACAAAAAAUAAAAAAACUUGUCAAAACGGUAAAUCUGUGAUAGUGCAGCUUUAAGUGUGCGCCAUAUUAUGAGGGUGGAAGCAUAAAAGUUGUAUAUGCCAUUAGAUAAAGAAACAGAUAGAUCCUUUAUGUGCUUUCCACGUUCAAUAAACCCUUGCUCCUAUGUUUCAAAUAUGUUUUCGAUAAUGUAUUGGUUGAAUGCUUACAGUAGAAUUACAGCACUUAUUAAUCUUCGCAAUUAUAACGUGAAAGCCGACAUACAACUAAAUGUUUAAUUGGUAUAACUUUAUAUCUCCCGUGUCAACUAUAGCUGUGGAUUCACAUGUUAACCUACGGUUAACGUUGGUUUAUCAUUGUUUUUAGUGACAAAUUAUUCAUUACGGUUUUAUUGAUGUACAUAUUGUUCACAUGCCGACUCUCGUCUGUGUUUGAUUGUUAUAGGGUUUCCAUUGUUAUGCCGGUUGUCAUUUUUGUUUUCUCUUUUCUCACAGCUUUAUACAAGCCCAAAAUAGUGUGCGUUGCUGUUGUGAAUGUGAACAUUAAAGUCAGUUCAAGAUAUUUCAAUGAAGCAUGCUACAAUAUGCACAUGUUUAUCACGGCCCAUAACUUUGACUUAAACAAUUGUUUAGUUAUCUUGUUUUCGACUGAGAAAUUCUGACAGGCGUUAUCUCUGCGUAUUUCUUGUUUUAACUUCUAACUCUCUUAAGAGGUGCAAUAUAGGCUGAUAUAUAUAAUUAUGGCCACGUGGCUAAAAUUGUACAGUUAAAGCGCUAAAAUAUCGCUUGUAGUAUUUUAUCUGUUCAGAAAUCAUUUUUGUUUUGAUCAAAUGAGUUAAAUAAUUAAGCAUUCAAAUAGAAAUUAUUGUUUCUUG